AUUGCUCCGUUGAAACUCAAAACGCACACGUCGACGCAGUCGAGGGCCGAACGUAUUCGGAGUGCGCGUACGUGUUCGUCGUUCGGAAAACUUCACAUAUCGAAGAGCACGCACGCUGACAGUAAUACUAUUUCCUUUUAAUUUAAAUUCAAACAAUUCCGACGAGAAAAAAGCUGUAGAAAUGGCACCGAAACAGAGAAUGCGCAUCGCUAAUGAGCGAGCCACGAAAAACAUCACGCUUCGUGGAAAUGUUCCAAAAUCGACGAAGCCACAAGAGGAUGGGUCUCCAGUUGGACCAUGUCUGCUAGCACUUUUUCUCUUUGUUGUAUGUGGUUCUGCUGUAUUCCAAAUAAUUCAGAGUAUUAGAAUGGCUUAAGAAAAGAUUUACCGGCAUGAAUUUAAAAAGAUGUUGCUGUUACUGUUAAUGAGAUCUAUCUACAACUGAUUGGUACACA